AUGGCAGAGUCUCCACCUCGGGUGGACUCGUCAUUAGAUGCUCCAGACGUCGGGAAUCCGACGUCAUUGAUGGAGAGACUUCGGUUGAGAGACCAAGGAGAGGAAGGAGGAAAAGAUGAUGACUUUGAUAAUAAGUCAGUUUCAUCAGCUCAAUACUCUCAAGCAUCGGAGGCAACGACAGCUGUCAAACAGCAACCAUUUCUGCACACGAUGACCAAAGUAUACUGCCACAUUGACGACGAAACCGAUCCGUACAUGUUAGAGGUUCAUGUACCACCCGAUCUCAUUACUUUGGGAGAUUUAAAACGUGUUUUAAUGCGAACGAACUUUAAAUAUUAUAGAAAAGCAUUGGAUCCCGAUUCUGGAUAUGAGGUAAAAGCUGAAAUUCGUGAUGAUUCCCAACGGCUAUCCCCUUCUUCAAAUAAUCUUUUCGAAUUGUUUCUUCUGACAAUCGAAGGAUCAACUCAUUCCGAUGGAAGUAGUGGAAAAAUGAGAAAGUAUCCAUCAGUACCUGGUCCAGCACCAUCAAAUCGAAGUGGACCGCCAAUGAACUAUCAACAUGCUGCAUAUCAGUUUGAUAACUCAAUGAUGAGCACGGAUUCUGAGUCGAUGAUCUCGGCUGCAAUACCCGGAUAUUUGAAGAGUGCUGCUUAUAAUAGACGGUUUCCGCAGCAUUAUCUAGGUCAGUUUUAA